AUGCAAAAUACUCAAAAUUUAAACAAACCAGCUGAAUGGUCACAACUUUUAAUUUCUACAAGAUCAUUUAUGGGAAUUGUGACGGAUGUUACUGGACAAGAAUUUCCUUCGUUUAUUGAGCAAUGGAUUGAUGUUGGAGGACAUGUUGAAUUUCAUGUUUCCCAUGCUUUUAAUAGGAAAAGAAAUGUUAUUGAAUUAGAACUUAGACAAGCUGUUCCUACUCCUAUUGGAUGUCAAAGAUAUGCUGGCCCUUUAACUAUUGUCGUCCAAGAAAUUGAUGGACAUUUUAUUCAUACAGUUCAAGUAGAUGCUGCAGUCUCAAAGCAUGAUAUUCAAUGCCAUUCUAAAGGAAGAAAAUUAAAAAAGAAAAAAGUUAUUUUGGGUACCGGAGAGGAAGUUGAAAUGGAUUUAUCUCAAAUGGAUGCUGAUUCUCCUGUUUUAUGGAUUCGAAUUGAUCCAGAAAUGCUUCUUUUACGUCAAAUCUUUAUGACUCAGCCAUUUUAUCAAUGGGAAUUUAUUUUACUUUAUGAGCGAGAUGUUUUGGCACAACAACAAGCAAUUGAAGCUCUCCACCAAUUUCCUAGACAUCAAACACUUGCAAUACUUGAAGAUACCGUUCGGAAUGAAAAACUUUACUAUAGGUAGUAGUGUAUAGUAGGGUUACGUCGGGGGAUGUCGGUGACGGCAUCCUUUGAAGGAUUAGCAACAGAUUAGGAGGGUAUGUCGAGGAUGGGGCGGCACCCUUUGAUGCGCUCCCAACAAAUUUGAUGCGCUCCCCUCUUCUUUUACAAGGGGAGGGGUCCGACAAAAUCAAAAGGGAGAGGGAAUGCCGCGGUAAAAAUCAAAAGGAUGAGUGGCGAGGAGGGCCAGACAAAAGAAGAUAUUAUGUAUAUUAGUGUGAGUAAAUCAAAAGGAUGAACAUGGGUAGUAGUUUGUAAGUGUUACUAAUUAAACUGUAUGAACGAGGGAUCCGCUGAAACCAAAUGGUGUAGGAGUGUUGCGGCUAAAAUUCUUUUAUCUUUCCGCUUAAAUCCUAUGGAUGUAGGGGGUUUCGGAUGAUUUCGUUGAUAAUUUGUAUGACCAAUUGAUCAAUUAGCACUACUAAUUGGUUUCUAUUAGCAGUGUUAAUCUCUUCUCCUCCUAUUACUCUUCUCAUUUCCUCCUCUGCUCCUUUCCUUUCCUCCUACUCCUCCUCUCCUCUCCUCCUACUAUUCCUCCUCUUUUCCUACUACUAUUCCUUUUCCCCUCUCCUUUCCUCCUAUUACUUCCCCUCUCCCCUCUCCUUUCCUCCUACUACUUCUCCUCUCCUUUCCUCCUCUCCUUUUCUCC